ACAACAACAACAACUUAUUUUUCUUGGAUAUAUGAGCAAUAAAAUGAAAUCACCUAGUAUCAUUUUAGAAAAUGCAUCUGAAGAUGUCUCAUUCAUAGACUGCUGACACUGUGAGGGAACCUUGCACUUGUGAUGCCCAGUGGUCUCUGCUCUGGCCAAAGUUGUCAGCAACUGACAGCAUCUAACAUGUAGUCAUUUCAGACUCCUUGUUCAGUAUCUUAAACACAAGUUAUGCACUUCCAGAAGACCAAGUCACUCACCAGCAAACUGGGAAUUGAACAGUCCCAGGGAAGAAAGCCCAAAGAAGCUGUGAAUUUCUCACUGUUCUUGCGCAGGCCUGUGUCACCCUGUCUACACUAUGCAUCAUUCAUCUGCUGUGAUGAAACGUGAUCCUGUUUUAAAAAAAGAACACCGUCAUAGUGAGGAUACUGUAUCUUUGUGAGAAGCGUUUCACAUAUUUUCCAUGGGCACAAACUGCUCCCGCUUCUAUUUAAACCUCUGCAGCUCUCUUUGCUGGACAUUACUUGCUUCAGAAAGUUCUUCUGCGAGGUGCUUAGCAGAAAGCUAAUCAGCAGAAUGGCUGCAGACAGCAACGUGGCUCCCGAGGAGAAGCCGAGCACAACUCCUGUGAAAAGAGCUGUCCACAAGAUCCGAACUGCCAGCCUUGUCUUCAGCUUGGCCCGAGGAUGGCAGCAGUGGGCAAGUGACCACAAUGUAAAGCAAGCCAAAGAACCCCCUGGGUGGGUCCCCACUGCAGGAGACGCAUCAGCUCAGUCAGUGCAAGAAAGACACUUCGAAAAAUGGCCAGUUCCAUCUACCAAGAGGGAUGAUGAAAAAUCCUCAGCAAAUGAACUGGUGACAACAGAUGCUGAAAAAAAAUCAAGAGAAUCUGAUGAAGCCCUUAAAAAGUUCAACAUUAAAAGCAAAGAGGUGCUGAAAACUGUUGUAAGUAAAGCCUAUGAACGAGCAAGUGAUGUUAACCUCCUCAGUGGCAGAUACGAGAACAACCACGGCAGCUCAGAGACGAUUGAGUUCAAAGAAGAAUCAAAUGGUAUUGACAAUAUUCUUAAUGGGAAGUUAUCUCCCACUAUAAGGAGAAAAUGUUUAAACAGAGUAUCAGACCUGAUUCAGGGCUUUGAAGAGGAGGACAAAUUAGGAACUAGGGAAGAACUGCUGUUGAAGUGCCAGGAUGACAGCAUGGAUGCAGAAGACAGUGGCUAUGGGGAAGCAGAAGACAGACUUGAGCCAGAGGACAACAGCCAAGAGGUGAUUCCUGUGAAGAUUAAACAACCAUCUCUCAUGAGCAGGUGCAGUGAAGAAAAAAGCAUCAAAGCUCAUAGGAAGUACAGUCCUGUUAGCAGCCUGAAGAACAGAUGGCAGGAAUGGGCAGACCAGCACAUCCUAACACAGAAGCUGAAUCCCUUCAGUGAAGAGUUUGACCACAAGCUGGCCAUGUCCACACGCCUGCACAAAGGAGACGAAGGCUACGGCCGGCCAAAGGAAGGCACCAAAACCGCUGAAAGAGCCAAGAGAGCAGAGGCUCACAUUCACAGGGAGAUUAGAGAUCUGUGUUUCAUCAUUAAAACCAUGGCUAAGCCACGGCGUGACGGCAAGAUCCAAGUCACUUUUGGGGAACUCUUUGAGAGAUACGUUCGUAUUUCAGAUAAGGUUGUUGGGAUUCUCAUGAGAGCCAGGAAACAUGGGCUGGUGGACUUCGAGGGAGAAAUGUUAUGGCAAGGAAGGGAUGACAAUGUCAUAAUUACUUUAUUAAAAUAAGCAUGCUCCAAGAGCAAUGUGCCUUGCAAAACCUCAUUUUUU